AGUGGCUCUAGCAAUUAGCAAUGAGCUAGCCUCCAACUUUAGGCCAAAGAAUGAGAAAUGACAGAAGCAUUGCCGCUCACGUCUCCUCCCUGUCGGUUGUUUAGUGCAAAAACAGCCAAGUGGAUCCAAAAGAGGGAGGGGAGGUCCACAAAGAGGAAAUGCGGUUCAUUGUGGGCUGUGCCUUCUCCCAACUGUCCCGGCUGGUGGUGUUGGCGGUUGACGCCGAGCAAACAUUGUUCAGGUUUUUUUUUUGUCUGCUAUUCCACUUUUUUGCCUCUUGGCAAAGUGCGUGAUUUUCAAGAGGAAUGAUACGACGAGGCUGCUAAACGUUACGCCGCCCGAUGAUGGCUUCGACGCGGUUAGUCGGUAAAGUUGCCGGGAGACUUUUGGGAAGUCUCGGAGCUCGUCGCCCCGCUUUUCAAGCGCCUCGCCCUGCAACAUUUCUUCACAAGGUGCAAUUGCCUCUGCUUGGAGCUGCUCAGGCUGUUUUCUGCAGCACGCGUUCGCCCCCUACAGAGGUGUCCCUGAAAUAUAAACACGGGCGGCUGGCUCUGGAGGUGCCGCUGACAUGCAGGAGCGAGACGUGCCUUUUCUUUCUACAACCCAUGCUCAUGACAGUGGGCGACCUGGUCAGCGAGCUGCAAAAGGAGGACCCCGGCGCCACUGCCGCAGUUCUCUCCAAAGAUGGUGAACGUGUGGCCUACAACACACUGCUAGAAGCCCUGCUGAUAGACAAACACUUUAAACUGGUCAUAAACAACACUGUUUACAAUGUACACUCUCCAGAAAAAGUAUGCAAAUCUAGCGAGCACGCCCUGCAGUUGGACGACAUGAAGCACGUAGUUCACCUGCUGCACACGGCUCUCAACCUACCGGAACACCAAUACAAACAGGAGCGCCAACUACUGGAGAGACUGGAUCGCCUCAAGCAAGAGCUUUCCCCGCUGGAAAAGAUGAAGGCGCAGCUGUCUCACACGGCCGACUUCCAAACAUCCAGAGCGGUUUGGACCGGUUUGGCCCUGCUGUCCGUGCAGGGCGGCGCACUGGCCUGGCUUACCUGGUGGGUGUACUCGUGGGACGUCAUGGAGCCCGUCACCUACUUUGUCACCUACGCCACCAGCAUGGGGGCCUUCGCCUACUAUGUUCUCACUAAAGAGGAUUACGUCUAUCCCAAUGCUAAGGACAGACAGUUCCUGCAUUACUUCUACAAGGGGGCAAGCAAGAAGAAAUUCAAUGUGGAAAAGUAUAAUGAACUCAAAGACGAGUUGGCUCAGGUGGAGGACGACCUGAAACGCCUGCGCUACCCGACACAGCUUCAACUCCCCAUUGGACAGAUCCAGCCAAAGGAGUGAUGUCAUCACAGAAACAGAAAAAAAAUGAAAUACACUUUUGGUUUAUUUUUCAUAAUGUUGCAUUUUUAAUCAGGAAUAUUGUUGACAGGUUGUUAUGUGGAAUGGGGUGGCAGGAGGGCGGAUACAAACUGGAAUAUUGAAAUAAAAGUCCUUUGCUGAAUCUGUUAGUCACUGAGACAUAUUUUGUCAGAGUUGGUCAUGUGACUUUACAAAAGUAGCAAAUGUAAAAAAAAAAAAAAAGUUUAAAAAUGCACACACCCA